AUGUUGUCCAAGCCAGUUCGCGAGCGCGGCUACGCCCUCGGCCUCGCCCUUGUGGCCACAGGCUCCCUCGUCUCCGCCGGUCCCUGCGACAUCUACGCCUCUGGCGGCAACCCCUGCAUCGCCGCCCACAGCACCACUCGCGCCCUCUACAGCGCCUACACCGGCUCCCUCUACCAGGUGAAGCGCGGCUCCGAUGGUGCCACAACCAACAUCGCGCCCCUUUCCGCCGGCGGCGUCGCCAAUGCGGCCGCUCAGGACACCUUCUGCUCCGGAACGACCUGCCUCAUCUCCGUCAUCUACGACCAGUCCGGCAAGGGCAACCACCUAACCCAAGCCCCCGGUGGCGCCUUCAGCGGCCCCGAUGUCAACGGCAACGACAACCUCGCCAGCGCCAUUGGCGCCCCCGUCACCCUCAAUGGCCAAAAGGCCUACGGCGUCUUCGUCUCCCCCGGCACGGGCUACCGUAACAACGCCGCCGUCGGCACCGCCAUCGGAGAUGUGGCUGAGGGCAUGUACGCCGUCCUCGACGGCACCCACUACAACGGCGGCUGCUGCUUCGACUACGGCAACGCCGAGACUAGCAGCACCGACACGGGCAACGGCCACAUGGAGGCCAUCUACUUUGGCGACAACACCGGCUGGGGCUCGGGUGCCGGCAGCGGACCCUGGUUGAUGGCCGAUCUCGAGAACGGCCUCUUCUCCGGCGUCAGCCCCGCCAACAACCCGGGUGACCCGACCAUCACGAAUCGCUUCUUCACCGCCGUCGUGAAGGGAGGUCCCAACCUCUGGGCUCUCCGCGGCGCCAACGCCGCCUCAGGAGGCUUGACCACGUACUACAGCGGCAACUCUGUCCAGGCCAACAUUGUCGCGGCCAAGUACGCCACCACUUCCCUGAACAGCGGCACCGCCCUCACCGUCGGCAACUCCAUCUCCCUGCGCGCCACGACCUCCGGCUACACAGACCGCUACCUCGCACACACCGGCUCGACCGUCAACACCCAGGUUGUUACCUCGUCCAGCACCACGGCUCUCAAGCAGCAGGCCAGCUGGACCCUGGCCGUCAACGCCAACGACGGCAGCAAGCAGUUCAAGGAGGAUGCUACCUUUUGCACGCAGUCUGGUAUCAGCGGCACCGGCAGCUCGUUCCGCGCGUGGAGCUACCCUACCACCUACUUCCGCCACUACAACAACCUGGGAUAUGCUGCGAGGAACGGUGGUGUUCACACUUUUGACUCUGCUACUUCCUUCAACGCGGAUGUGAGCUGGGUUAUCGCUACUGGCUUUGCUUAA